CUUUGAAUAAGAUUCCCACGCUUUCUUUCCCACCCUCUCCUUCUCUCCCCUUUCUAUUCUUUAUUUUCUUCUCAUUCCAUCUCUCAUCCUCUUCAUCUGAUCCAAGCAUGUUGUCCUACUCUGCCAUGCGCCGUGUUACGGCCUUGCCCGCACUCAAGCGUGCCCUCUCCACAUCAAGGCCUGCUCUCUAUGCUGCACAAUCCUCCAUUCCUCGUACAAAGUUAUUCAUCAAUGGUGAAUUCAUCGACUCAAAGACUGACAAGUGGAUUGAGCUCCGCAAUCCUGCAACUCAAGAGAUCGUUACUCUCGUUCCUGAGGCCACUCCUGAGGAGCUCAAGUACGCCGCUGAUUCAGCCGCGGAGGCAUUCAAGUCCUGGAAGAAAACCACAGUUCUUCACCGUCAGCGCAAGAUGCUGGACCUCCAGUUACUCAUCCGUGAGAACAUGGACAAGAUUGCUCACUCUAUCACUCUUGAGCAAGGAAAGACAUUGGCAGAUGCCCGUGGUGAUGUUCUUCGCGGCCUUCAGGUUGUAGAAGCCGCUUGUGCCAUUCCCCAUAUGCUCCUGGGCGACAACCUCGAGGUUGCCACUGACAUGGAUACCUACACUAUCCGAGAACCCCUCGGUGUCGUAGCUGGUAUCACUCCAUUCAACUUCCCAGCCAUGAUCCCUCUCUGGAUGUUCCCCCUCGCGAACGUCAUUGGGAACACCUGUGUCCUCAAGCCAUCUGAGAAGGACCCUGGUGCCACCAUGAUUCUUGCUGAGCUUGCCCAAAAGGCGGGAAUACCCGCUGGUGUCCUCAAUAUUGUUCAUGGCGCCAAGGACACUGUUAACUUUAUCUGCGAUAAUGAGCACAUUAAAGCUAUCUCUUUCGUCGGAAGUGACCAGGCUGGUCACUACAUCCACGAGCGCGGCUCUCGUAACGGCAAGCGUGUCCAGGCAAAUUUGGGUGCCAAGAACCAUGGAGUAAUUAUGCCUGAUGCCAACAAGAACCACACUUUGAACCAGCUUACUGGUGCUGCCUUCGGUGCUGCCGGUCAGCGUUGUAUGGCUCUCUCGACAGUCGUCUUUGUUGGUAAGGCUCGAGAGUGGCUUCCUGAACUCGUUGAGCGUGCUAAGCAGCUCAAGGUCUCGUCAGGAUUUGAACCCGAUGCCGAUCUUGGCCCCUUGAUUUCGCCUGAUGCUCUCAAGAGGGUUGAGCGCCUCAUCGCCUCUGGUGUCAAGGAGGGUGCAGAGCUUGUAUUGGAUGGACGUGGUAUCAAAGUUUCAAAAUACGAGAAAGGCAACUUUAUUGGGCCCAGUAUCUUGACCAACGUAACAACAAAUAUGGAGUGUUACCGUGAGGAGAUCUUUGGGCCCGUUCUUGUCUGCUUGAAUGCCGAGACCCUGGACGAUGCCAUCGAUAUCAUCAAUAAGAACCCCUAUGGCAAUGGAACCGCUAUCUUUACUCAGAGUGGUGCUAUUGCCAGGAAGUUCCAGAAGGAGGUUGAUGCCGGCCAAGUCGGCAUCAACGUCCCCAUUCCCGUUCCUUUGCCUAUGUUUUCAUUCACUGGCUCUCGUGGCUCCAUUCGUGGUGAUGUCAACUUCUAUGGCAAGUCUGGAGUCAGCUUCUACACCUCGACCAAGACUGUCACUGCUCUCUGGCGCCAUGAAGAUGCCGAGGACACUCGCGCAAGUGUUAACAUGCCCACCAUGAAAUAGGCGCCUCACUGGGGCUCAAUUCUGAGUAAUGCAUUGUAAUAUAUUAUACAUAAAAAUAAAAUCGCAAGCCCGUGACUUCUCCACUGCUUUGACUGGCUGAGGAAAACAGGAC